AUGUCGAACGCAGAAGCCGGAUCCUCUCAAGCCUCUCAAGCUGCUGUCCAUCCUCGAAAGCAGUCCCUACGGAUGCAAACGGGUGGGAAGAAGCCAACGGCGCCGUUGGCCCCCAAGACGACCAAGAGGAAGGCCCCGGUGAGCUCUUCGGGCUCAUCGUCGAGCAGCUCGGGCUCGAGCUCCUCCUCGAGCUCGAGUUCGAGCUAUAAAAGCAGCAGGCGUUUGAGUGAAGAGGAGGACGAGCUCGAGGACGAGGACGAGGACGACGACGAGAUCCCUGCCGAACACCUUACUGGGAUUUCAGUCGUCGAUGAUGAUCAUGAAGACGAGUGGGCCCAGUUGCGGGAGUAUACGAUCGAGAAAACGGUCGGGGACAGGGUGAUCGGGUACAGGGAACCCAAGGCUUUGGCCAGGCUGAAGAAGCUGUGGCAGGCUAGGGAGUACUGGACCGAUCAGAGGUUAUACGAGCUCUGUUUGAAGAAGAGAGGGAGUAUCAACGGUAAAGGACCGGAUCACUUCGAGGCCGGUAUUCUCACCCUCUUUGCUCGUCAGGGCAAAGUAAGGAAGGGUCAGGAUAGGUGCGGACAUUGUCGUGCGAUGUGGACGAACCCCAAACGCAAGGGCAACAACGGCGAGUUCGGACUUUUGGUGCAAUGCAAGCAAACUGCACCGAACAAGAACUGUGCUCAGUGUUCGUUCGAUGGCGUCGUCUGCGACAAGCGGGUGAAUACGGGAGGCCUCGUCAAGGUUCAACCAGGUGGCUGGGACCUUGCUAUUGGCUGCGAGGGAGUCGCAGAGCAAGUGCAGGAGCUGAUGGACGAUCAUGUCGAAAGUCUCGACCCCGACGACGAAAAUGAUGUCGUCGCGUUGAAUCGAGACGAUCUCCACGCCAUCCGAGACAAGGCUGCUGCGCUUGUACGGGCCCUUGGUGCUCUCAAGGACCUGUGCGAGGAGAUCCCGGAGCGCUACUACGGGGACGACAAACGUCAGGCUCGAGACUCGAACAAUCGAGUUGUAAAAUUGUGGGAAAUCGCUGAGCCUAAAAACGGCAAUAAGAAGGUCAAGAAGUGA